AUGGCUCUGUUCAGGAUCACGUCUGUAAAAUUAGCUGAAGUACAGAAAUUAUGUCCGGCGACAACGAUUUUAUUGAGAAAUUUGAGUGCGGAACAAACCAAUUUGAAGAGUGUGCUUCAAGAAAAGAUCCCCAAGGAACAAGAAAAAAUCCGUGAAUUCCGCAAAAAGCAUGGCUCGACCAAAGUGGGAGAGGUUACCGUCGACAUGAUGUACGGUGGCAUGCGUGGCAUUAAGGGCCUAGUAUGGGAAACGUCUGUGUUGGAUGCCGACGAGGGUAUCCGAUUCCGUGGCUUGUCUAUCCCCGAGUGCCAGAAACAACUCCCCAAAGCCAAGGGCGGAGAGGAGCCCCUCCCUGAGGGUCUGUUUUGGCUCCUUGUCACGGGAGAUAUUCCUACCGAUGCUCAAGUCAAAGCCGUUUCAAAAGAAUGGGCUCAGAGAGCCGAGCUGCCCGCUCACGUGGUGACAAUGUUGAACAAUAUGCCGAGCAAGUUGCACCCCAUGUCACAAUUCUCGGCCGCCGUCACCGCCCUCAACAGCGAGUCCCAGUUCGCACAGGCUUACUCUGAGGGAGUACACAAAUCCAAAUAUUGGGAGUACGUGUACGAAGACACAAUGAACCUUAUCGCCAAACUGCCGGUGAUCGCGGCGACCAUCUACCGCAACACGUACCGCGACGGCAAAGGCAUCGGCGCCAUCGACGACAACAAGGACUGGUCCGCCAACUACUGCACGAUGUUGGGAUACGACAACCCCCAGUUCACGGAACUCAUGCGACUUUACCUCACCAUCCACAGUGACCACGAGGGCGGCAACGUUUCUGCUCACACAACGCAUUUGGUGGGAUCCGCCCUCAGCGACCCGUACUUGUCCUUCGCCGCCGGCCUCAACGGUCUUGCUGGACCUCUGCACGGCCUGGCCAACCAGGAGGUGCUUAUCUGGCUAGAGAAGCUCCGCAAGCAGGUCGGCGACAACUUCACCGAGGAACAGUUGAAAGAAUUCAUCUGGAAGACCCUCAAGUCUGGACAGGUGGUGCCUGGUUACGGACACGCCGUACUGAGAAAGACUGACCCCAGGUACACAUGCCAACGUGAGUUCGCCUUAAAGCACUUGCCCAACGACCCGCUGUUCAAGCUGGUCGCCGCCGUGUACAAGGUGGUGCCCCCGAUCCUCACCGAGCUCGGCAAGGUCAAGAACCCGUGGCCCAAUGUAGAUUCCCACUCUGGCGUUCUCUUGCAGUAUUACGGUAUGACAGAGAUGAACUACUACACGGUGAUGUUCGGCGUGUCGCGCGCGCUGGGCGUGCUCGCGCAGAUGAUCUGGUCGCGCGCGCUCGGCUUCCCCAUCGAGCGGCCGAAGUCGCUCAGCACCGACCACCUCAUCAAGCAGCUCGGCAAGUAAGCGUCGGCACGCGUCGCCACGCCUCGCCAACAUCUACUAGGGCGCCACUCACGGGUACCGAAUUCGCUUCGAUUAGCCGCACGCGCCUAUGCCCUAGUAUAGUUUAAACAGUUUGAUUCACACAAACACCAAUAGUCAAUUUUAUCAAGUUUAUUUUUGUUCAUUUAUGAUCGUGUAUUUAAAUGUUCCGUAAUUGUUUCAGUAGUGUUAAGCCUAGUGAAUUUUCUAUUUUGUUUUAUUAUUUUUAUAAUCAUUGUUGUGUAGUUGUAUUUAUAAUCCAUUCUAUGAUUUUUGAUUAUGUUGCCUUUGUAUUAAUUAUUGUAAUUCAAUAUAUUUAGAUUAUAAUAAGGAGGUAAGAUACUUGUUAAUUAUAUGAAUAAAUCUGCCCGAAAAAAACAUGUUACAACGAUAUAAAUCACAUAAAUAGUAAAUUGACUAAGUUGGUGGUGUGAUUCAACUGCAAUUCUCACAUAGGUUCUAGAACUGGACAGUAGUUGAAACUGCGUUUCGAUUCAUUUUAAUAUUAAAGGUUUUAGCGGAAUUUUUAAAGAUAGUGAUAGUGUGCCGUGCACAUUGUCAUAUUUUAAAAGUAGACCAAUAAAGAUUGUUUUGUAAAAAGUAAUGAACCAUGAAUUACAAAUAGUGUGGUGGGUGGUUAAGUAUUUUUCCGUUUAUUGUACUUAGCUUCGUGCUAACGGUCUUAAUAAGUACUUAGAUAAAUUAUUAGCUCAUCAGACAAUAACAUUUACUGCGACUUGUAUAAUUAAAACAUUCUUUUAGUAAUUUAUUUUAACAAGUUAAAAUAUUGCUUUUAUUUAUUAUCAAGUUACCAAAGUGCUUGUAUAAUUUAUUAACUGAUACGUAUUUGUACGUUUUACUUGUAAAGCAAUAUUAACAAUGCCUAGUGGAUGUAUUACGUGAAAUAUAAUAAAACCAUAAUGUAAUUGCAUUUCUUCUGUGAGUAUUGUUGAUAUCGCGUGUAAAUGAAUGUUUAUUAUUAUGUCAUUUAAACCCAUACUUGUUCAUUAAUUUACCGUUGGCAUUAAUUUAUUACCAUCUUUUUGGCAUCACCAAUAAUUUCACAAUUUGACAAUACUAAAAUAAAUUGGUAUGGUGUAGUAAA